AUGUCUUUCAAUACCGACAUUUCUUCUAAAUUGGAAAGCAGCAGAAAUACCUUACGAAAAAUUGCCCGCAAUGAUAACACAGAGUUCUCCAAGCAAAGCAUUUUAAAUGACAUGGAAAAAUUUGUAAAAAUGGUUAACACAAUGGAUGAAACUGUGCUGGUACCGAGUCGCCUAAUGAACCUGCCACAAGAGGGCGAUGAUGAUCCGUUCAGUCUAUUUGCUAUGUUGAAUGAUUUGAAGACUGAGUUGCUGUGGGCUGGUGAUGUUGAAGAGCAUGGUGACAGAGCUAGAAGAGUAUCCGAUUUGAGUGACACAGAGAGUGAUGCAUCUAGUGCUGCUGGAGACUCUGGCAUAGAUGGAGAGGACGAAAGAGAAUCUGCUGCUCGUGCUGCAGCUGCUUGCCGUCGUCAUCUGAGAGGUCUUCGCCACUCUCUUCGUCAUCUUACAGCUGCUGCUGCCCAUCUGACAAGGUCUUAUCAAGAAGAGGUGGGAGCACCAGUU